AUGGACGCGGGGUUCUUCCGCGGCACGAGCGCAGAGCAAGACAACCGGUUUAGCAACAAGCACAAGAAACUGUUAAAGCAGCUGAAAUUUGCAGAAUGUCUUGACAAGAAGGUGGACAUGACCAAAGUGAACCUGGAAGUCAUAAAGCCAUGGAUUACUCAGCGGGUCACAGAGAUUUUGGGGUUCGAGGAUGAUGUCGUCAUAGAAUUCAUAUUUAACCAGCUCGAUGAUAAGCACCCGGAUAGCAAGAUGAUGCAGAUUAACUUGACGGGUUUCCUGAAUGGGAAAAAUGCCAGAGAGUUCAUGAGAGACCUCUGGCCCCUGUUGCUGAGUGCCCAGGAGAACAUUGCUGGCAUCCCAACUGCAUUUUUGGAGCAGAAGAAAGAAGAAAUCAAGCAGAGACAGAUUGAACAGGAGAAACUUGCUUCUCUGAAGAAGAUUGAAGAGGAGAAAAAGGAUUCAAGAGAGAGGGCUCAGUCAAAGAGCCCAAGAAGACGUAAGACGAGGUCCCCAUCGCCGCGACGCAGGUCUCCAGUAAGACGGGAGAGGAAACGUAGCCCCUCACGCUCUCCAAGGCGUAAAGCUACUUUACCUGGUGGGAGUUCACCUCCUCAACCUUUGAUGCAACUGUCCACAAAACCUGUGGAGCAGCCAGUGGAGCCUGACACAUCAGGAAGAGCCAUGCCAGAAGCAGUCAUCCAAGAAGCAUCUUCAACCAGUGAAACUGUUGUGGAGAUUGUGAAAGCAGACUCUGUGACUGAAGACAAGGAACUGCCACAGGAGAAGAAUAAGAACGAGGAAAGGCCUAAGUCCAGGGAAAGGGAGAAGGACAGUAGGAAAGAAAGACCUCCGCGUCGCUCCCGUUCUCAUUCCCGACACCGCAAACGUCGCUCCCGUUCAAGAUCUUAUUCUCCACGUAGAAGGCAAAGUCCCAGAAGGAGAAUGUCUCCACGUCGUAGGAGUCCACCCAGACGUCCACCCCCCAGUUCCAGAAACAGACACAGGCGUUCUCCUGUCCGUAGGAGGCGCUCUCGCUCUGCUUCAUCGUCUGGCAGCAGCUCCUCUCGCUCUCGCUCACCUAAAAAAGUAAUGAAAAGACUAUCCAACACGCCACCACGAAAACAGCCUCAUUUUUCUGAGGCCUCUAUUAGCCCUCCGAGGAAAGAUAGGCGUUCACCAUCUCCACGGGUCAGAAGGAACAGAGCCUCAGUAUCUCCUCCCAGAUCGUCUGAAGAGGAUAAAAACGAGAAAGGGGCAACUGCAGAUUCGGUGCAGCAGAGACGACAAUAUCGUAGACAAAAUCAGGAAUCAUCUUCAGAUUCAGGAUCCUCCUCCUCAGAUGAGGAUGUGUCUAAAAGACCAAAGGGAGGACCAGGGGCCAGGAAUGGUGAUGUUAAAAGGAGGCGUAGCCACACACCUUCACCUAGAAGGCGACCGAGAGACAUCUCUCCUAGGAAAAGACGUUCACCAUCUCCUGGUGCACGCAGACGCCGUUCUCCUAGUCCUCUAAGGCGUCGCAGGUCCCCUUCACCACGACGAAGGUCUCCUUCCCCACCUCCCCGCAGACGGUCUCCAUCCAACAGACGAUAUUCACCACCUAUCCAGCGUCGCUACAGCCCCGUACCUCCUCAGAAGAGGAAAUUCUCUAACUCUCCUCCUAGACGUGCUUCGCCAGUUCACAAACGCCGUCCUUCUAGAUCUCCAAAACGCAGAAGUUCUCCCAUUCAGCGGCGACGAACACCGCCCUCGUCUGCAUCCCCACCCAGACACAGAAGAAGUCCCAUGUCCUCUUCUGUUCGGCAAAGUCGAGAUGCACGAUCCCCUCCUGUAGCAGCAAAUCGUCGCUCCCAGUCCCCUGCAAACCGCAGUCGCAGUCCUGUGAGGCAGUUCGAAUCUGCCAACCAACGGAGACAUUCUCCACACAGUGAAAAACCUAUCCGAAGAGUCUCCCGCACCCCAGAGCUGGAAAACAAGAGACUUUCUCCGAGCCCCCAGCCUUUUAGAAGAGUUUCCUCCAGAUCUCGAUCCUUUUCUCCACAACCAGCUGCUGCGAAGCACGCUGCUCCCACAUCUGCCUCCCCCUCACCAUCUCGAUCAAACAGUGCAUCUCCCCCACCGGCCAAGAAGGCAAGCAGUGGCUCUGGCAGCCAUUCACCUAGCAAGAAUUCAGAUGUUGAUGGCAGUGCCAAGAAGAAGAAGAAAAAGAAGGAAAAGAAACACAAGAAGGACAAGAAACAUAAGAAGCACAAGAAGCAUAAGAAAGAGAGGAGUAGCAACGCAGCGAGUGGAGAGACCCAGCAGAACCAGGGUGGGGAUGAAGAUGGUGAAUCAAGAAAGGAAUCAGAGAGUGAAGUGGAGGAUACGUUGGAUGACCUUGAGAAACACCUUAGAGAGAAGGCUUUACGCUCCAUGAGGAAGGCCCAGGUUUCACCCUCACAAAUGUCCUAA